UUCCAUAGUAAGGGGAAAAAAUCAUCCAGAUCAAUGAUCUGCCAGCAGGGGGCAGGACGUCAACUCCAGCGCGUGUCGUCGAGCUUGUUACCAUGCGACUGUAAACACCGAACCGAAGGGGGUUUGUCCUCUUGAUCAAACAAACGUGAGGCUGCUCCUCGUUUUUGUCGUCAUCUAUAGUUAGAAAUGGCGUAUACACAGUCCCCUAAGAAGUCUGGUCUACCACGAGAGGUUUUGAAAUGGCUGCAAAGUCUUGAAUUAUCGUUUUUCCCCAAAAACGUGCGCAGAGACUUUUCCAAUGGGUACAUAGUGGCGGAAAUAUUUUCCUGGUACUUCCCAAGGGAUUUUCAUAUGCACUCCUAUGAUAAUGGAGCUUCAUUGGCUGCCAAACAAUCCAACUGGUCCCAGAUUGAGAGAUUUUUUGUGAAGCAAAACAUCAGUCUGUUGAAAGAGGUCAUCGAUGGCACAAUCCACUGUAAACCUGGAGCUGCAGAGCUUCUUGUGCAAGAGAUUUACACCAUCCUGACCAACAGAAGAAUCCAGACCAUCCAGAGGGUGGAGCAAGACUUCACAGAUAAGGCUUAUCAAGACCAGUUGCCCAUGGUGGCUCGAGCCACAGCCUCAGUGGCCAUAAAGAGCAACUUGAGUCUCAGUGAGGUUAUAGCUGAACCCAACAUCAUCGCCAACCAGCACAAGGUCCUCGCGAUCAUACACAGGCACAUAGAACAGAGAAAAGAGGAGAGAAUACAAGACCCAAAACGAUUCAAUGUUAAGGCCACUCUUGGAGAACAGGCUGUCAGAUUGCCUCCGCUGUUAGCCCACCAGAGCGAGCCAAACCUGCAGAUGAACACCAGUCAAGCAGCUUGUUAAGUUCUUGGCUCUACCUUCCCAAAAAGAGGACGAGACAUAUGUUCAGUGGCAUGUGGCAUCAGAGGCAAACGCACUGUGGAUAUUGGAGGCAAAUAAUGAGACUGUUUAAGGUAGAUGUCUAACAAAGGUCUUCAAAGCACAUUUCAAAAUGCGGCCCUAGAAAUUUGAGCAGAAGAUUCAUUUGCAUAAUAAAUAAAAAAAAGAAUCUAACAAGCAUA